AGUAUCUUAAAAAUGUUUAGUCAGAUAGUUCCUUGAGGACUACAACUCUAAAUGGUUCAAGCAAAAGAACUCUCCCUCCGUUUCACUAGGUAUAAAGAGAUGUGUUAUGUAUUAAAUAACCAUCUAUUCCAAAAUCCAUAAGUUAUAGAAAACGGAUCCAACAUUGUAUACUAAAUUCAUUUUCCAAUGAUAUGCACAAGUGGGUGUAGAAACUAGGGUAGUAGAGUUUGUAACUUCACUAGUGAAGAAAAAGAAAUGAAAUUAUGCCAAUUUUGUAAGGUCCCAUGUUUUGCAUCCAUUGCAUCUUAUUGGGGUUGGGAAAAUGGAGAGCAGGUAGGAUUGGCCUGUUGGAGAAAUAAAAUAUUAUGUAUGAAGUUAGCUGUAUGAAAUACAAGUGGCUUGCUGCUUAGAGAAGCAUCCACUUUAAAUGGUUAUGACUGGUUGGUUUCUAUGUGAGAAAACUCCAAAUUUGCUUUUGUGUUUUGAUUUGUAUAAAUACAUGCCUAGCUUGCCUUGAAUCCUCAAAAAGAACCUUGUACAGAAACCCAUAGAUUCCUAAGUAAGUGAGAACUAUGAAGGUAGGAAUUGAGGCUGGUGAGGUUUCAAAGGCUUCAGUAACAAGAGAGAGGGUGAUCAACAAAGGGGUAUCUGUAAUUGACUUCAUUCUGAGAAUAGUUGCAUGCUUUGGGACUUUGGGAAGCGCCAUAGCCAUGGGAACAGCUCGUCAAACUUUCCCGUUUUCCACACGGUUCAUCCGAUUCAAAGCCGUGUAUAGUGAUCUUCCCAUGUUUUCGUUCUUUGUGAUUGCCAAUGCUGUUGUUUGUGGCUAUUUGGCUCUUUCUCUCCCUUUCUCUAUUCUCCACAUCAUCACGAGAGCAGCAGUAAAGAGUAGGAUCGUCUUGGCCACGUUUGACACGGCGAUGAUGGCCCUUCUAACUGCUGGAGCUUCAGCAGCAGCAGCCAUAGCUUCUUUGGCACACAAUGGAAACCCAAGCACUAACUGGUUUGCAAUUUGCCGACAAUACCGCAACUUCUGUGAGCGUGUUUCUGGGUCUCUGAUUGGUUCAUUUGUUGGUAUUACCAUAUUUAUGUUGCUAAUCAUCCUAGCACUAGUUGCAAUUUCUCGACGCUAACAUGUUACAAAACUAAAUGCACCAUACUAUGUGUGCAAAUUUGGAAAAACGUAUGCAUUUAUAUACAAAAUAUUUUCUGCUAGGUAUCAUUGCCCAGUUUAUGUUGCGUGUCUGGUGCCUGAUAGCAUGUAGUUUGUGGCGUAUAUUACAUUAAUUAAAUGUAAUUAAACACCAGACACUCAGCAUAAGCUGAGGGACGACCCGAGUAGAUAAAUAUUACAAUAUAUAUAUAUAUAUAUAUAUAUAUAUAUAUUUGUGUGUGUGUGUGUUUGUAUGUGGACAUAUUGUGCAUGAGUUUACCAAGUCUGGUCUUGGAGAUCAGGCUGUGAUAUGUAAUUUGAGGCGUUGUAAUUGUUCUUCCUCCUAAUGUAAACUCUGUACUCUUCAAGAAGUAGAUCCUUCCAUGCUUUCAAUUUUGCAAAAUAUCUAUACUUUCUCCAUCUCUCGAUGGACUUAAUUUACAUGGCAAAAAAUCUUAAAUCAUCUUCUAUUGACUAAAUUGGUUACCAAUUGAUCACCAUAAGUCAAAUAAAUAUAUAAGAAAGUUGCAAAUACAUGCAAACAAUAUUUUAGUAGCUAAUUAA